AAAAGGAAAACAGUGGAGCAAAAAAACAUAUUUGGAUUAAUUGCUGUGCACAAUAAAUUGCUUUUUCAAGUGAAAUUCAACCAAAUUCUGCAUAAAUGCCAGUCAAAGGCCACUCUUGCGUCUGCAGUGCGUGACUUUGUGCAGCGGCUUGAGCGAGAAUCCGCGUGAAAAGUGUGCGUUGCGAGCGUGUCGCUUUCGGUGGGGCUGCGGAAAUAGAAGGACUCCCGGAGAGAUGGAUCAGACUGCCACAUGCUCGAAGGGCUCGCGGAAGCGCCGUCCGGACGACGAGGUGCUGGCGUGUGAGCCGCAGGCGAAGGUGUUCCAGGCCGAGCACAUCUUCAACAUCAGCCACUUCAGCGACGAGAUUCUGCUGGAGAUCCUCAAGCAUCUGGACAGCGAGUCGAUCUACGCCUUCGGCAGCACCUGCAUGCGCUUCAAGGAGCUGAGCAAGGACAAGCAGCUGUGGCAGGUGUUCGACUUCAACUCCGUGGCGCUGUCGGGCAUAGAAAUCCUGCGGCGGAUGCGAUAUAUCAACAGCGAGACGAGAAUCUUCCGGAUCCGCGGCCUGCAGGGCACCUAUCCGGAGAGCAACUGGCGGAACGCCACGAUAACCGAGCUCAUGCUCACCAUGCUGACGGACAUGUGCCCCAAGCUGGAGGAGUUCUCGCUCACGCAGGGCUUCCUCAACACUUCCAAGAUCAACAUACUGAAGUUCCCGAAAACCCUCAAGACGCUCACCUUCCACAGCUGCUCAGUGUCCUUCCCGCCGCGACAGCAUCCCUUCUUCACGAAGAUCGACGUGCAUCUGGAGCACUUGACGCGCCUCGCCGUGGAGUUCUGCGACUGGUUCGAGACGCACGAUCUGAUCCUCUUCUCCAAGAUCUCGCAGCUGCUGGACCUCAGCCUCAGGGGCUGCGGCUCGCUCAAGGACAGCGUCCCCUACGCCAGUCUGGCGUCCCGCUUCGGCUUCAAGAAGCUGGAGAAGCUGGACGUGCGCGAGACGCCCAUCUCGGACAGCGACAUCCAGUGCUUCAACGUCACGACGACGCUCAAGGAGCUGCUGCUGCAGCGCCCCAGCCGCGAGUCCCUCUUCGAGUCCGCGCGCGCGCCCGCCAUGGCGCUGGCGGAGGACGAGAGCCCGGACGGCCCGAGCAGUAGCUCCGGACGGCCCGGUAUGUCUCUGGCCACGGACAUCAUGCUGCCCAGGAUGCGCAGGAGAUUCACCAACAUUCCCGGCGGCGGCGAAGCCAGAGGUCCGAUCAUCAUCUUUCCAGGAUAUCCCAGCGAUAUCAGCGAUCAGGCGCUGCAGAGUGCGCCCACAACUGCCUGUCAAAUCAGGUACGGCACUCUGGGACUCGGCUCCGUUCCCGUCGCUUCCAUCACAGACCGCGGCAUCUGCGGCUUCGGCCUCUCGCGCAAUCCCGUCCUCGAGGGCGUCGUGUGGAUCCGCGCCGAGUGGCGCAACCCGAAUACGUACAUCGAGCGCCUCGUGAUUCGCUUCUACAAGUACGUCACGGACGCCACGCUGCGCCACCUGGCCACGUGCUCGCCCAGGCUCAAGUACCUGGACGUCACCGGCACCGCCAUCACGCCGCGCGGCAUCGAGGACUUCAAGAUGCUGAAGCCCGAGUGCACAGUGGUGGCGUAGAUGUUGUGCAAAUUGCUAUUGGCAUGUUCGUAACUUUUCGUGUUUAGUGCAUAUUUUGAUCAUUGGACGAUUUGUCACAAAAAAAAACAUUGUGAUCUGGGAUUGAUAGUAUUUUUAGGAGGAAAUCUUGUAUGCGAGAAAAUACACAGAAAACUGCCCAGAGUAUAAUUUACUGAAUAUAUUCGGAAACUGCAUAAAGUAUACAAA